AUGCUUCUUUGCCAGGUAUAUCGUGUCUGUCGUCAGAAGCGCAAGCUCCACAACUUAAUAGAAAAGUACCGUCGCCAGAGAGAGGGAUACGGUAGCAUUUCGUUCGUCGACCGUUGUGACGAAUGCGUUCAACAAUGCUGCCAGAACUGCGCACCUUUCCAAGGUGUUUCAGUCGGUGCCCAAGCCAAAGGACUGUGGCAACGGAUCAAAGUUCGGGGAACGUACCAGCACGAAGUAGCGAAAGGGCUUUUCUGUUUUGUGGCCAUGGUGAUUUUCUUCACAUUCUUAUAUGGUCUCGUCGUUCUAAAAUGGCCUUACGACCCUGAAGACGCAGGUAUUCUAUGUGGUGUUUUGGGCGCCAUCACGGUUUAUGCUAUGGCCAUCAGUGACACGUUUUGCUCUCUGUUUCUGCUCAUGCUCGUUUCGAUGAUUACCAGCGGCGGAAGGACGAUCGUGGUGCUGCUGGCCCUGUCAUUCACGAUCCAAGGUCCGAUGCUGCACGUCCAGCAGAAUCUGCGACAGACGACAAAAACUCUGGCAUGCAUUCAAGAGCAGGUGCAGAAGGAGGCCGUGAAGGCUAAGAACUACGCAAGGAGCGUGUUACGCAGCAAGCUUAAGCCUUUCGAAGCCAUGGCGCAAAAGUUUCGACAGACUUGCGCUCAGGUGCAAAACAUUUUGAAGCGUAUGUUCGUCGGAGUGACGAUUCUUGCUCGAGGAGUGAAGAAACUAGGCAAAUGGCUGCAAAAUAUCGUCAGUAUUUGCAAUACGGAAUUGGAAAAACCGUACGACCGGUGCAGAGCGUGGUUUAGCGACCUGAUGUCCAAGUGUGACGACUCUGUGAAGUACUUCCCGCUGCUGUGGAUCUACUGCCAAUCGUUUGGCCUGUUCAAACACUUCUGUACGUUUGCGCUGCUGCUGACGAAGUUGUGCGACUGGGGCCAGAGCGUUGUCGACCGAAUACAGGAGGCGAUCAUCGACCGCAUCACGAACCAGAUCGAAGGAGUGCAACAGGAGAUCAGUCAGGCGUACGCGUUCAACUUCACCAUCAAGGAAAACUUCACCUACGACUUGAGGUUCAAAACCGACAUUCAGGAACUGUACGACAUCCUAGCCGACGGUUUGGCAAACGUCAAGUAA